AUGCAAUUAAUCGCGGAAGAUGAAUGUGCUUUCUAUCUAAAUGAAGUGCCUCGAGCCAAAGCAGUUGACUUUCACGACUUCAUAAAAGAGAUUAAUCUUCCUACUAAUGAAAAGUAUUACUUGCUGUUAGAUAAUGCUAAAAUUCACAGAGCAAUUAAAGUCUUACUUAAAAAAGGGAGACUUCCAAUUAAAGAAUUGUUAGCUCAGAUGAAUAUUGAUCCUCUCUAUUUAGUGGCUUAUUGUCCUCAAUUGAAUCCAGUAGAAUUAAUCUUCAAUUUCUUAAGAAGUUAUGUGGAAGAACACGAGCCAAGAACUUUUGAAGAGUUAAAACAUAUUAUAGAGAAAG